GCAGGAAAAGUGCGGUGGCGGGACUUUAACCAGGAAGCUUACAUCGGAGGGACAAUGGUCCGCUCCGGGCAGGACCCCUACGCCCGCAACAAAUUCAACCAGGUGGAAAGUGAUAAGCUGCGGAUGGACAGAGCCAUUCCUGACACCAGACACGACCAGUGUCAACGGAAGCAGUGGCGGGUGGACCUGCCAGCCACCAGCGUGGUGAUCACGUUCCACAAUGAAGCCAGGUCGGCCUUGCUGAGGACAGUGGUCAGUGUGCUUAAGAAAAGCCCUCCCCACCUCAUAAAAGAGAUCAUCUUGGUGGAUGACUACAGCAAUGACCCUGAAGACGGGGCUCUCUUGGGGAAAAUUGAGAAGGUGAGGGUUCUCAGAAAUGAUCGGCGAGAAGGCCUGAUGCGCUCGCGGGUUCGGGGGGCCGACGCAGCCCAGGCCAAGGUCCUGACAUUCCUGGACAGCCACUGUGAGUGCAAUGAGCACUGGCUGGAGCCCCUCCUGGAGAGGGUGGCCGAGGACAGGACUCGGGUCGUGUCCCCUAUCAUCGAUGUCAUUAACAUGGACAACUUUCAGUACGUGGGGGCGUCCGCUGACUUGAAAGGCGGUUUUGACUGGAACUUGGUCUUCAAAUGGGAUUACAUGACCCCAGAGCAGAGGAGAUCCCGGCAAGGGAACCCGGUCGCCCCCAUAAAAGACGUAGUUAGACUCCUCAUCUUCCUGCCGGCCGCCGACACCGUUUCCCCUAAGUGGGAACAGAUCGAGGGCAACUCCAAGCUGCGGCACGUGGGCAGCAACCUGUGUCUGGACAGCCGCGCCGCCAGGAACGGGGGCCUGAGCGUGGAGGUGUGCGGCCCCGCCCUGUCUCAGCAGUGGAAGUUCACGCUCAACCUGCAGCAGUAG